AUGGACAGCCUUUUGAUAGAACUAGCAAAGCUACGGCGGGAUGCCAACCUUACAGAAAGUAUCCAGGACGUCGAUAAGAUACUUGAGCAGCUGGAGGCUGCGCGAGAGUCAAUAGUGCAGGAUCCAAAUUCAGCAUCUUUCACUCUUGCAAAACUACAAAAUCCUCUAAAACAUGGCUUCGAUAAAGUCAACGAAGAUCUCAAGAGGGUACACAAGGGCCAAAGUGCAUACGGCAGGGCGCUGGACAAAAACCUCCCUCACAAGGAACUCCCUUUUGAUAUUGACGGCCUCGCCUCUCGUCCUGCCCUCAUAAAUCGAGCCAUAUCUAUGCACCUCCUUCGAGAAGGCCAGUUUCAGGUGGCGUCAACAUUCCUAGACGAAGCACAAGAAAAUCCGCCACAACCGUCACCUAUGCCAGGCACACCAAAUUUCUCAGAAAUGGACGAAACAGAAGUUCCGUCUCUCAAAUCUCAGGAGCUGCAAGACAAGUUUUCGAACAUGUAUGCGAUCCUGAACGAACUUAAAGCACAGAAUCUACAUCCAGCAAUAGAAUGGGCACGAGCGAAUAGCCACGAAUUAGAGAAGCGGGGUAGUAAUCUAGAAUUCGAACUCAGCAAGCUACAAUUCGUGUGGUUAUUCCUAGGUCCGUCAGUGAACGGCCUUCCAAACGACUUGAACAAUGGGUUAUCGGGAGCUUUGGUCUACGCUCAACAACACUUUCAAAGAUUCCAAGCCCGGUUUCUGAAAGACAUUCAACAGUUAGCUACAGCUAUGGCCUACAGCAGUAACCUGAAGGAUUCUCCUUAUUACAGAACCUUCGAUAUCGAAACAGCAUGGGACGACGUUUCCACCUCCUUUACUCGAGAGUUCUGCUCCCUUCUUGGCCUAUCCGCCGAGUCACCUCUCUACCUCGCCGCAACAGCAGGAGCCAUUGCUCUCCCUACUCUACUCAAACUUUACGCCAUCGUCAAGGAAAAGAGGACAGAAUGGACUACACGAUCCGAGCUACCUGUUGAAAUAGCUCUACCCAAAAGCAUGAUCUUCCACGCCAUCUUCGUCUGCCCAGUCAGCAAAGAGCAGACCACGGAUCAGAAUCCUCCCAUGAUAAUGCCAUGCGGGCAUGUGGUAGCAAAGGAGAGUCUACAAAGGCUGAGUAAGGGAGGGAAAUUCAAAUGCCCUUAUUGUCCGGGAGAGAGUAUUCUGAGUCAAGCGAGGGAGAUCAUCUUGUAG